CUGGGGGGAUGUCGAGUGGGAGCACCGAUCGAAAGCAUUCUCAUGAAGGUAAGGUAUCCUCGGUCAACCCAAUAAGGAAGAUGCUUGAGAACAAACACGGCACAUUACAUAGAUAUACAUCCGCAAGUUGUCUAAUAAUAAAGAUUGCUGGUGUUAAGUUGCACGGCUGCUUGACAACAACCACAACAAACCCCUCACCCGGCGGAAGGUCGCACUUGAUCGAUCGCCCGGCAAGGAAACCAGAUAAAUAAGCCAUACAUCGCACUUGUAAGCUGUAUAAAUUCUAGAAACCUAAGUAAUAAUAAAUAAAUAAAUAAAUAAACAGCAUAUCAAAUAAAAUAUUUUAAAAACCAAACCUGAGAAAAAAGGGGCAAGGGAAGAAAAUUUUUUUUUUUUUAAAAAAAAUGGCAAACUACACCACCCUACCCUCCACGGCCACCAAGCGCCCCGAACCUUUCCAGGUCUCAAUCCCCGAGCAACAGCUGAGCGAGUUCAAGACGCUGCUAAAGCUGUCGAAGAUCCCUGUGCCAACAUACGAGAGUCUGCAGGAAGAUGGGAAGUUUGGGAUUAGCCAUAAGUGGCUGGUGGAGACGAAGAAGUACUGGGAGGAGGAAUUUUGAUUGGAGAAAAACCGAGGAGUACAUCAACUCAUUCCCCAACUUCAUGACAACAGUCAAUCUCCCCGCCGGUGGGAAUGAGGAAUUUAAAAUCCAUUUCGUCGCUCUAUUCUCCCAGAAGGCUGAUGCGAUCCCCAUUGCAAUACUCCAUGGCUGGCCAGGAAGCUUUUUCGAACACCUCCCUCUCCUCACCCUAAUGAAGGAGAAAUACACCCCUCAAACCCUCCCUUAUCAUCUGAUCGUCCCCUCCUUACCCGGCUACGCCUUCUCCUCCGCACCCCCGCUAACGCGCAACUUCGACCAAAAUGAUGUAGCCAAGAUCAUGCACCAGCUCAUGGUGGAUCUUGGGUUUAAAUCCUCAGGCUAUCUGGUGCAAGGUGGUGACAUCGGGAGUAUGGUUGCAAGGAGAAUGAGUGAGUUUUAUGACGCGUGCAAAGGUAUGUCAUAUAGAAAUAACCCAAGAAUAAAAUUAAUAAAAGAAACUUCAACCCCCAUCCCUCUCUACCCUAAGAACCACAAAUACAACAAUACAAAAAAAAAAAAAAAAAAAAAAAAAAAAAAAAAAAAAAAAAAAAAAAAAGAAGAUAAAAAAGAAAAAUCCAUACCAACAUACAACACAACCCACCCACCAGGCUUCCACAUCAACUUCUACCCAACACCAACCAUAACCUCUCCCCCGGACGGAAUCGCCACCGACGGGUCCCUAACCGACUCAGAACGGGCAGGCAUGCAGCGCGCCGAGCUAUGGAAGAGAACAGGCAACGCAUAUUCGAUGGCACACGGCACGCGACCCAGCACCAUCGGUCUCCUGCUGGGCACUAGCCCGCUCGCGCUGCUGGCGUGGGUGGGCGAGAAGUUCCUAGCCUGGUCGGACGAGCCGCUGUCGACGGAGGAGAUCUUGCGAUGCGUGACGCUGUAUUGGUUUACGGAGUCAAUGGGGAGAGGGAUUUAUCCGUAUCGGAGUCGGACUCUGCUGUUAGAGACACAAACCCAGAACAAGCCGUUCGGGUAUUCGUAUUUCCCCAAGGAAAUCUGUCCCACACCGGCAGCAUGGACGGGGAAAUUGGGUGAUAUGGUAUUCUAUAAGGAACAUGACAAGGGCGGGCAUUUUGCAGCGUUGGAACAGCCGCAGUUGUUCAUGGAGGAUUUGGAAGCGUUUGUUGCGGCGUCUUGGAAAUGAACAAUAAUAAUAAACAGUGGGGGAAGCGAAUGUGGGGAGGUAGUUUUCCCGCGAGGGAAAAGUAGAAGCCGAGAAAUGAAAUGGGCCGCUCUUUAAAGGAGAAAUUUGAUCCUUGGAGCGUUGCUCGGAAUGAAAUAUGCCAUCGAGAGAGCGACUGGAUGUAACUAGAUAUGAUGAUCUGGAGUUGGGUCUAGUUAGCAAUUAUUAUGACGAUGAAUGGAAUAACUCUUUUCGCCCAAAGUUUCCCGAUCUGACAGAGCCAGACAUCCAUCGCCUUUUCUGGUACGUAUUGUUCGACGUUCUGAUAGCUCCUCCCAUGCCAAGCUAGGUUCGCUCUGGCUAGAGGAUUUCAUAGACCCAUUCCACAUAGGA